CACUUCAGGGUUACAUUCACUAAAUACUAAUAAUAAUAAUAUUCACGUGAUCCUUAUAAUAUCAUUAGUACAAUGGUGGUACGUCUGGAUUCGGCGGUAUCCUGCAAUUUAAAUGUUUGAGAAUGUAAUUACAAAAAAAAAUUAAUCUAUGUCCAUUUUCUCGUAAAUCCUAUAUGUUUUCAAUCCAACGUCAGUUAUAUGUUUUUUUUUUUUUUUAUUCUGUUUUCUGAUCCUCAAAUCCCUUGUCUUUGAGUUAUUAAAACUUAUGAAUCAAAUUAUUUGUUGUUCAGCCAGCUGAAAUAAGUUUCGGCCUUCGAAAUAUGGACUCUCAUUCACCCAGUAGCGACAGGGCAUCUGAUACUCCGCGGAGCGGGGACGGCGCGGGGGGAGGGGAGAAGGCGAGGCUCGCUCGUCUGUGGGGAGCCGUCGACUCGAAACUGCUCAAGCCUCUGUUGACGCACGCACGGCCGCCUCUCACCGAGACACUGCCAGCCUUCCUGAGACCGCUCGCUAGGCUGUUGACUACGACGAGGCAGUACACACAGGGUGAAAACAGCCUACGAAGAACAGACUCAGAUUCUGACCUGUGUAUUGAUGAACCUCAACCUGUUCCUACAACUAUCGACCCUCAGCUAACUUAUAACAUACGGAAUGGAUAUGGAAAUGUAUAAUCAUUGUAGCAUUAGUGAACUGCGGCUGUGAUUUAAGGUCUAGAAAUUUACAUGUACAUAGAUAAUACAUGGGUUUUUUUUU